UUUCGAGCAACGCAUGGAUUGCACAGGAAGAUGGGGCUUGUCCACACUGCAAAAAAUAACAGCUGCCUUUCGAAUAUUGGCAUACGGGGUACCAGCAGAUGCUACUGACGAGUACAUAAAUAUUGGUGAGUCCACUGCAAUUAAAUGUGUCAAGAAAUUCUGUCGUGCAAUUGUGGAAAUAUUUUCUGAUCAAUAUCUAAGAUCUCCUAAUGCUAGUGAUGUUGCUAGACUACUUUAUAUUGGUAAACAACGUGGAUUUCCAGGAAUGUUAGGUAGUCUUGAUUGUAUGCAUUGGAAGUGGAAAAAUUGUCCAACAGGUUGGGCAGGCUCAUAUGCCGGUCGUAGUGGCUCUCCAACAAUUAUUCUUGAAAUAGUUGCUGAUUAUGACCUUUGGAUAUGGCAUGCAUUCUUUGGUAUGCCAGGAUCCAAUAAUGAUAUUAAUGUGUUGGAAAGAUCUCAUCUUUUCAGUGACCUUGCUAGAGGUAUCACUCCACCCGCACAUUAUGUCAUACAAGGAAAAGAGUAUAAUGUGGGCUAUUAUUUAGCAGAUGGUAUAUAUCCCAAGUGGUCCACACUUGUACAAACUUUUCAUGAGCCACGCUCUGUGAAAAAAAAGUUUUUUGCAAUGAGACAGGAAUCGUGUAGGAAAGAUGUGGAGCGUGCAUUCGAAGUUCUUCAAAGUCGAUUUGCAAUUGUUGCAAAUCCAGCUCGCUACUGGCAAAAGAAACAUUUGGAUAAUAUAAUGAAAGCGUGUAUUAUUAUGCACAAUAUGAUUGUUGAGGAUGAACGUGACCUGUCUGCACCAAUUGAAAUUGCAAGAGAAGUGCCAAUUCCAGAUGUUGAAACAAUGCCAAAUGAAACAAACAGUUUCCAAGAUUUUCUUGGACGCUAUAAAAAAAUCAAAGAUAGAGUUGCUCACUUUGCGCUUCGUGAUGCAUUAGUCGAUCAUAUAUGGGAUGAGUUUUCUAAUUUAGAAAAUUAGUUAGUUUUAUCA